AUGCGAGCCCUGCAAUCGCCGCUGGCGCCCGUGGUGCUGUCGCUUCUGCUCUUCUGCCCAGCUCAAGCUGCUGGAUUGGAGGUCAAUGACACCUCUGAGAAAGGAGAAUCAUUUUCUGGGGUCCACAGUGCUGAUGGAUUUGAGGUGACCUCCAGAGGUCAGAUGGCCUCAGGAAGCAAGAUUUCCACUGUCAGUGAAAUGUCGUCUGGUAGUGAACUGUCCUCAGGGAAUGACUAUGACUACUCAGAAGAGGAUGAUAACGAACCUCGAAUAUCUAGCUAUAUUCUAGAUGAGUCAGUCAGAGUGGAACAGGUAAUUAAGCCAAAGAAAAACAAAACAGAAGAAGAAAAAACGUCAGAUAAACCCAAAAGAAAGAAAAAAGGAAGAAAAAAUGGAAAACAGAGGCAAAAUAGAAAGAAAAAAAAUCCAUGUAAUGCUGAAUUCCAAAAUUUCUGUAUUCAUGGAGAAUGCAAAUAUAUCAAACACCUUGAUGCAGUAUCAUGCAAUUGUCAUCAGGAUUACUUUGGUGAACGAUGUGGGGAAAAAUCCAUGAAAACUCAGAGCAUGGUUGACAAUGAUUUUUCAAAAAUUGCAUUAGCAGCAAUUGCUGCCUUUAUUGUUGCCUUGAGCGUCACAGCUAUUGCUGUUAUUGUUACAAUACUGCUUCGUAAAAGAUACUUCAGGGAAUAUGAAGGAGAAGCUGAGGAGAGGAAGAAACUUCGGCAAGAAAAUGGAAAUACAAACAUCAUAGCAUAA